AAGGCAGGUGCCAAGGCAGGGGAAUGGGCACAGUGGGCAAUCGAGGCUCGAGAGAGAGCGUUGGCGGAGGCUGACGAAUUCGGUGACAUGAUCAUUAGCGAUUACGUGGAUACCUACGUGAACCUGACCUAUAAGCUCAUAGCGAGCCAUCGAUGGGCUUCAGCAUUUUGCCAAGGCAAAUCCGACGUUUUUCUAUUCAUCGACGACGACUACGUGUUCAACGCGAGGAGUGUGCUCAAUUACCUGAAUGGUCUGACAAAGUCGGAUCGUCGCCAACUGCUCAGUGGACAACUAAUGAUUUGGGAGCGUGUGAUUCGUGCGAUUGAGGACGCCAGUGAAAAUAAGUGGGCUGUGUCUCGAUAUGAGGUUCCGUGGCCGCAGUACCCACCUUACGCAAGCGGAGCGGUGACGUUUGUCGGUGCAGAUGUACUCACGGAGCUGGUCGUAGCCGAAGCCUACACGCGCUUUCUGUGGGUGGAUGAUGCGUUCAUGGGCUUCGUCGUAGCUAAAUUGCCACAUCUGCGAUUCCACAGCUUGAAAGACUUCUAUAACUGGAAAGCUCUCAUUGUGCAUAUUAACCCCUCAGGUUCUCAUUGGAAUGGUUCGCAGACGGUGUGA